AUGCGUGCUUCAAAAAUGAUCUACCGGGGCGGACUUCGCCCACUAACAGCUGCUCAACCCUCGAACCACAUCCGAGUCUUUUCACAGCCGUUUUUUGCUCAGUCCUCCCGGCUUAGAUCAACCCUGUCGAAGAUAUGGGCGCCCACUGGUGGUGUCACGGCCACUGAGGGCGAAACUGGUCAUGGCAAGCUCAUCCGAGCCGGAUUUAUUCGCCAGGCACAAUCUGGAGUUUUUCAGCUGCUCCCACUGGGUCUACGAGUUCAGGAUAAGAUUGAGCGUCUUGUUGACAAGCAUAUGCAAAGCAUAGGAGCAUCCAAACUUGCUCUCUCGACUCUCACAACUGAAGAACUAUGGCGCAAAAGUGGGCGCUUGGAUAAAGUCUCACCAGAGCUAUUUCGACUCAAAGAUCGCAAAGAUGUGCCUAUCAUGCUGUCGCCAACACACGAGGAAGAAAUCACAUCCCUUGUCGCGAGCACUUUAAAAUCUUAUAAAGAUUUGCCUUUAAAGUUAUACCAGAUUACACGAAAGUACCGAGAUGAGAUCCGUCCCAGACACGGUUUAUUAAGAUCUCGAGAGUUUAUCAUGAAAGACUUGUACACUUUCGAUUUGACCCACGAGUCUGCCGUCGAGACUUAUCGCGACGUCGCUGGUGCCUACUCGGCCUUCUUCUCAGAUUUGAAGCUGCCGAUAUUAGUAGCCGAGGCCAGCUCAGGAGACAUGGGCGGAGAGCAUAGCCAUGAAUACCACCUUUCUCAUCCCAUUGGGGAGGACACAGUCGCAAGCUGUAGCAGCUGCGGCUAUACUGCCAAUGACGAAGUUGCCGCUGCUCGGUCAUCCCAACAAAUUGACGGUGCAGUUUCUAAAUCUCAUUUCGGUCUUUGGCGCGGCAUCACCAAGGACAGGAAAACUUUGGUAAAUGCAUGGUACCCAAAGAUUGGAGAUUCGCCUUCAGAUGACAGCUGGAAUAUCCAUGCUGUCAAAUCUGUCGUUCCAGAACUAGAUACAAGCGUCAGUGACGCCGUACCGUUCUGGGGCGAAGUUUUACAGGAGGCAAAGGGACAGAAAGACGAAAUCCAACUCCUAAACGUCAUUGAUGCGAGACUUUCAGGGGCUUUUGAAGACCUUCAAGAUGAGCUUCCUCUACUUCCACAGGAACUGACGAAUAACCAUAUCUCACAAUCAUCAAUAACGCAAACACAAGCCGGUACAGUUCUAAAUCUCUUACGCAUUGCAGACGGCGAUGGGUGUCCGCGCUGUGACUCGGGAAAGCUUGAGAUCCAUCGCGCAUUGGAGCUGGGCCACACAUUUCUCCUUGGUACACGCUAUUCAGAGCCGCUUGAAGCGUCUGUAGCGCUCCCACAGAACCCAGGGGUUCCAGUCCCAACCCAGAUGGGCUGCUUUGGCAUCGGCGUCUCUCGCAUCCUCGGCGCCGUGGCGGAACAGCUCACCGACGAUAAGGGGCUCAACUGGCCUCGGGCUAUUGCGCCGUUUGAGGUGAUCAUUAUUCCAACAUCUGGCGUCAAUGAACAGACACUGGAUUUCUUCGAUAGCUUAACAAAAGAUGGAAACUCGACGACAGCCUUGGACGUCGUACUGGAUGACCGCAAAGAAGCAUUUGGAUGGAAAAUGCAAGACGCAGACAUGACAGGCUAUCCUGUCGUGGUUGUACUUGGAAAGGCCUGGAGAGAAAAGGGCGUCUGCGAAGUGCAGUGCAGGAGACUCUCCGUAAAGGAGAAUGUGAAGGCGGAAGAGGUGCCCCACUGCGUUCCCAUAUCCUCGUUACAAGAAUCGCCAGCCCCUCUACAGUCAUCCGCCCAGCGGUUCAAGCUUGGAGGGGCACGACUCCCUAACGUCCAGCUUGGCCAAGCUUCCACUGUAUCCCCCCAAAAACAACCAGCACGAGCAGCCAUGUCGAGCGGCCAGAAAGAAGCAAUCAACCUCGACACCCUCGAGCCCCAGCAGCUCGCGCAGGUCAAGAAGCAGCUCGAGGAAGAGCUCGAACACCUCACAAACUCCUUCUCCCAGCUCCACGGCGCCCAGAACAAGUUCAGAGAAUGCCUCCGAUGCGUACAGAGCCGAGCCGCCGAUAGCAAAGAUAGAAAGAGGCUAUGGCAAUGGAAUGGAAAUGAUGCUAAAGCAGCGAUGCAAACAGGCUCAAAGGCGGUUUUGGUCCCGUUGACCAACUCCCUAUACGUAAGCGGCGAAUUGACGAGUACCGAGACGGUUCUGGUGGACGUGGGCACAGGGUUUAUGAUUGAGAAGAAUUUAAAAUCGGCUGAAAAGUUUUACAACUUAAAAGUCAAAGAGCUUGGCGACAACUUGAAGGAGUUGGAAGGCAUUGUCCAGUCGAAACAGAUGAAUGUCCGCACAAUAGAAGAAGUUUUACGGCAAAAGAUCAUGGCUUCUCAGUCAGAAGGCCAGAGCUGA